AUGAUAUGGAAACCUAAAGAGGAGUCUCUUCUAUCAGCCCUUCCUUGCAACUCUAUUUUUUCUUUCUUUUCCUUUUCUUUUGUCUUUUCUCUUUCCUCUUUUUCUUUAAUUUCUCUUUCCUCUUUUUCUUUAAUUUCUCUUUCCUCUUUUUCUUUAAUUUCUCUUUCCUCUUUUUCUUUAAUUUCUCUUUCCUCUUUUUCUUUAAUUUCUCUUUCUGCUUUUUCUUCUCCUUCUCUUUCCUCUCGCUUUUUCUUCUCCUUCUCUUUCCUCUCGCUUUUUCUUCUCCUUCUCUUUCCUCUCGCUUUUUCUUCUCCUUCUCUUUCCUCUCGCUUUUCUUCUCCUUCUCUUUCCUCUCGCUUUUUCUUCUCCUUCUCUUUCCUCUCGCUUUUUCUUCUCCUUCUCUUCCUCUCUCUUUUUUUCUUCUCCUUCUCUUUCCUCUCGCUUUUUCUUCUCCUUCUCUUUCCUCUCGCUUUUUCUUCUCCUUCUCUUUCCUCUCGCUUUUUUCUUCUUCUUCUUUCCUCUCGUUUUCUUCUCCUCUUUCCUCUCCUUCUCUUUCCUCUCCUUCUCUUUCCUCUCCUUCUCUUUCUUCUCCUUCUCUUUCUUCUCCUUCUCUUUCUUCUCCUUCUCUUUCUUCUCCUUCUCUGUUCAUUUCACUGCUCAUCUUAG